AUGGCAGAUACCAAGCAUCCUGCUGCAAUGGCUCCUGGCCAUGCGGCAGCACCUCCUGCCAAGAGGCCUAAAGUGCUCUCCCACAAGGGCUUCCGCAUUUCGACCCAGUCGCUUGCUAUUCUGAAGGCGGAUCCUAUCGAAGAUAUGACCCAGAAGCUGGGCAUUGCAGUACCGGAAAUGAUUUUUGGCGACAAUUACUUGACGAUCGAGCAUGAGAAGAGUGGCUGGGGUAUCAAUUUCAACGCCUUUGAUGCGCUGGAUCGAGUAGACAAGACUGGACAAUCGAUGCUGCAGGUUGCAUAUUCCAGAGAAUGGCAGCAAAGCCGCGAGAAAACCCACGACGGCAUUAAGGAAGUUGUCAAACCGUUCGACUGGUCCUACACCACCGACUACAAAGGCACAGUGAACCCCGCCGGUCCUCAAUUCGAAGAAACCGAUAAGCAGAUCCCGAUCGAGUUACUCAAGCGCCCAGACCCUAUCAUAUUUUUCGACGAGGUGGAUCUCUACGAAGAUGAGCUGGCUGAUAACGGAAUAGCUCUGUUGUCGUGCAAGAUCCGCGUUAUGCCUGGGCGGCUCCUCCUGUUGGCGCGGUUCUUCAUGAGACUGGACAACGUUCUGAUAAGACUCCGCGAUACUCGGGUUUAUGUCGAUUUUGAGACUCAGGAGGUUAUCCGUGAGUAUCAAGCGAAGGAAUCCGAAUACGAGAAAGUGCGACAGGUAGGUCCAUGUUAG